AUGCUUCCGCCACUCCCCAGUCUAGACGCCUAUGACAUUUCUCCUCACAAUGGCUUCUUGCCUGAGGAGCCACCCCUCGAAGUCUUGCCAGAUCCAUACUAUACAAAAUGGGAAGCGGUGGUGAAACACCUACAGGCUUUGGUGCUGAGCAAGAGACUAAGGGAGGUCGUCCAAGAUCUACCGGUCAUCACAACCUCAAGGCUACGACGGCCAGCAGAAUGGCGAAGAGCAUACUCUCUGCUGUCUUUGAUGACUCAUGCAUACAUAUGGGGAGGAGACAGACCCGAAGAGGUACUUAUUCACAGCCUAGCACAUGAUGAGAAAGAAGCUGACAUCUUGCAGAUAGUCCCUCCCUCGAUCUCCAUCCCCUUCACUCAAGUCUGUGCCUACCUUGAGCUCCCCACAGUCGCUACCUACUCAGGACUCUGCCUAUGGAAUUGGAAGACCAUAUUUGAUGACGAGCCAAUCGACUCCCUUGAUAAUCUUUCCACUCUCUCUACAAUCACCGGGUCACUAGACGAGUCGUGGUUCUACCUCAUCUCGGUAGCAAUCGAAGCAAGAGGAGGCCCAACAAUACCGUUGAUGUUACGCGCCAUCGCAGCUGCUGAAGAUGACGACAUUCAAAUUGUGACUGAAUGCCUCCACGUCUUUGCCGAGCGCCUGGACGAGCUCGGCUCACUCCUAAUACGAAUGUAUGAGAACUGCGACCCACACGUCUUCUACCACCGCAUCCGACCCUUCCUCGCCGGGAGCAAAAACAUGGCUGAUGCCGGUCUACCUCGUGGGGUCCUCUUCGAUACCGACACCGGCCGAGACAAAUACGUCCAAUACGGCGGUGGCUCCAACGCGCAGAGCUCCCUGUUCCAAUUCUUCGACAUCGUCCUCGGCAUCGAGCACGCACCGACCGGCUCCUCCCUCAAACCAAACGACCCAAACGACCCAUCACAGGCACCUCCUCCGCGCCACAACUUCAUCCACGAAAUGCGCUCCUACAUGCCCGGCCCGCACCGGCGCUUCCUCUCCCACAUCUCGUCCGUUGCCAACAUCCGCCCCUUCAUCGCCACCCACAAAUCCAACAAACCCCUCACCAUCGCGUACGACGCCUGCCUCGCCAUGCUCCGCUCCCUCCGCGACAAACACAUGCAGAUGGUAUCUCGGUACAUCAUCGUAAAAUCCCACGAGAGCCGCAACCAGAACCAACGCUCACUCUCGCCUCGCGCCGCCCCAUCUACCCAGCCCGCACCUAUGAACCUCGCAAGCGCGAACGUAAAGCAGAUCGAUGGGAAAGAGGGGCCAGAUGCAGCGAGGAAAAAGUUGAGGGGAACAGGGGGAACGGCGCUGAUUCCGUUCUUGAAACAGGCGAGGGACGAGACGGGCGAGCCGGCUGUGGAUGAUUGGUUUAGGAGGACGAUGACAAGUCGGCAGGACAAGGGACGGGGACGGGAGAAUGAAGGAAUUGCGAAAGGGAGUGGGAAGGAAAAGGGUAAGGGGUUUGCGAAUCUAGGCAGCGCACACGAGCGGGCUGAUGGCGAGGUGGAGAUUGUAGGCCUCAGCGCGGUCUGGAGGGUUGAUGAUGAGGGAGGUGGGGGGAUUUGUCAUUGGUGA